AUGCUCGAAGCCCACGGUGAUCCAGAAAUCUUCCGUCUCCGCCUCGGCAAAGCCCUCGACUAUGAAUUCCACGAGGACUACGUCGGAAGCCUGUUCAACUUCAAGGGCCCCCGUGACUCAACAGCCACUCUUGAUAUUGAAAGAGCGUUCAACAAAAUGGAAAAAGUCGCUUUGACCCGGCGAGCGCGUACCGGCAAGCCUCUCAUCCUCGUCAUCAACCGCGUUCAUUUGUUGCGGGAAGACGACCACGGCCGCAAUUUGCUCGAGCUUAUCCAGCAGCGAGCUGAGCUCUGGGCCGCCAGCCGCCUCGUGACAGUGGUACUUACGAGCGAUGAUCACAGCAUUACAGAGCGCCUCAGGUGGCAAGCAACGCGCUUGAGCGUAGCAGACAUCCACGACAUCCCCCGCGGACCCGCCCUGGCCUCCCUCAAAGACUUCCGAGCAAAGGUCUUCAAGGAGGCUGUGCCGCAGAACAUCCUAGACCAUGUCUACAACAAAAUCGGCGGGCGUGUCGGUUUCCUCGACCAUGUGGCCCGGUCCGAGGACAUGCUCCACGCCUGCGACCUAAUCUGCGAGCGGGAAAAGCGCUGGCUCCUCGGGCAGUGCUGGAUCCUGGGCGGUGACAUUGACGACAACGCCGAGGACCAGCAGGACUUUUCGGCCGCUGCGAUGGUGCUGGCCAAAGCUCUUGUCGAGAAGGAGAAGAACAUGGUCCGGGAGGGCAUCACCGACGGCCGGCUGCCAGAGAUACCCCUCCAUGAGGUGAGACAGAUCAUGACCAGGCCGGACCUGAUUCAGCGGCACGAUCAUGUCAACAUCUUCUCCAUUGACUCCAACUCAAUCGUCCGGGCCGACUCGGUGCCCAUGCAAAAUGCAUUCCGUGAGAUCUGCGCGCAAGAGGGCUUUGAGGAGCACCUUCAAGCAACUUUGGACCGGUUGGAUGAAUUGGAGAGUUUAGGAAGGACGAGGGAGAUUAAGAUGAAAGACCUUGUCAAUGACGGAGAGUUUCAAGCACUAGUUCGCUCGGCUAGGGGCAACGGGGAGCCUCUGAUGGUCACUGUAAAGGCAACGUCUGCAGAAAAGGGCGGCGAGUGA